AUGGAGUGAGUUAAGGUUUCAAAAAGUCCGAAAUGUUUCAAUCUACGUUUUUGUUGAAUUUUUGCCUGUACAUGAUGUAAAAAUUCGGGGUGUUAAUGAAAAGUGCAAGUUAAGACUACACGUCCUCGAAAAUCUCCAUUCCAAAUUUUGCGCAUUGUACAGAAUUUUGCCACAAAUAGAAUUUCAAAAAGAUCGUUGGUCGUUUUUCUUUUGGCUAGCGGGGGCAAGGCCUUGCUCUCUGUUAGAAACAAGUGUUUAAAAUUUUUUCUUGAUUUUUUGACACCAAUUUCGUCCACUAAAAAUUCUUGACAACGAAUUUUGGCGUCUAAAAUCCUUUCAGUAACCGAUAGUGUAUGGACGAACUUCUAAGCGGUUCAGGAGAAGCGCUGGAUUCAGUUUACAAGGCUUUAACUUGUUACCAGUCCUUUCGCAAAGUCGUUGGAGCAACUUUUGCGACAUACUAUGAGAAAACAAAAACGUUCAUUUGCACUGUGCAAUUUCUUGCUUUUUGCACCGUUGGCUUUUUGGGCUGUCGCCCGUACCAUGACUUCUUCUGCACAGUGCAAACGCCAAAAUCACUCCAGCGGCUUUAUGAACGGACCCUUUUUCCAGUCGAAAACGGUGCACUUGACGCAGGAGGGAAUCUCAGGCCAGCUCUAACCUUCACCCGAUUUUUUCUGAGCUCACCUUCCCGAGUUGUUCCUUUGUAGCUUUUUUCUCGCUUUGGCCUCUGCUUCGAAGAAUUCUUUAUGUUUUUGAAAUUUUUAUCUGCCGUUUCGACGACAACUUUUCCAGUUUCCGAGAUAUAACAAUGGAUAAGUUGAUCGGCUGAUCGUUUUGUCCUGUUAAUCUCCACAGGAUACAGUAAAAUAUUUUCAGGGUUACAGGCGUUGGAAUGCGACGACUCUGGUGGAUCUUGUUGGCUUUGUGCGUAUGCUUUUGUCAUGGCGAAGAUGGAAACCCGGUGGACGUGGAGCCGCAGGUGCCGUUUGAGCAUUGGCAUUGUGGGACGGACUACUUCGACAAGAUGCUUUCCCAUCAGUCUGUGCACGAGGAUUGCCCGAACGCAAUGAGUAGGGGAUUUUUAUAUUAUUCUUAGGUAGUUUGUUCAAUUUAUUUCUUUCCUGCAAGAAAAUCGUAAGAUUUUGGCGGAAUUUUUGAUGAAUCUCGCAAUUGAAUAUUUAUUCUCGCAGCAUCGUUCUUUUACAUUUUUUCAGUCGAUACCAACGAAUGCUGCCGCGUCCACGACAAUUGCUACGUGGAGCACCACUCUCAAGAGGACUGUGACCAAGUCUUCUGUGACUGUCUUGCACAUCACAUGAAUUCCACGUGCCCUCAUCUGUCGCAAUCUUUCUGUGCUAUUGUCGAAAUGUUCGGCAAGGAAGCGCAUCGAAAUGCAUACAAGGGAUUCAAGGUUCAGACCUCAGGAGAUGAAACCGUCACAACCACUUUGAAUUCCAUCAAUUCCAAAGAACUUCUUGGCACAGGAGGAAUUGAUCUUGUUGUGGAGAACGAGAAACUCGAUGAUAAUGGAGUCUCGCGCGGUAAAAUUGGGCUUUUCGACAACCCUAGCAUGGAUACUACAAUUUUGGUCGAUUUUGUCAAGUUCUUGGAGAAAGAUACCUUGUGUUUUGAAAAGGACGACGAAUGCAAGUCCCCUGACUCGGGUUUAUUUUUGUCGUAUUUUAGUUCUGGCAAAUUGUCGAUAUCAAGCCAAACAAUUUCUUGAUUUUGACCCAUUGGUUGGUCGGAAAUCCACUUGUGAGUGUGCAGCAAAUCGUCUCCGCAUCGACGUAGGGCGAUAUCUGCGACGUUGCCAUGUUCAGUUCCUUGAUUUUUGCCCACCCGACUUGUUUUCUCCAGGUUAGACUUUACGAUCGACUAUUUUUUUGAUUUUGAGAUAUAAGAGGAACAUUUUAGACGAUUAUGAUUUGGAUCCGAGCAUGGCCCUGCUCCAAGGUGAAGAAUCCAUCUGGUCCAAGACUGUCUCAUUCCAGUUCUCUAUCGCUGAACUUCUUUUGGCCUUCACGUUCGUCGCCCUGUUAUUGCUUGUCGGUAUUGUUCUCCAGAUUAUCAAGAAGAAGAAAGAAUUAUCAACGUUGAAUCAUGGUAAGUUAUUUCGUUUUGGGAUGUUUAAUUGUAAGAAAAAAGUUUGAGAAUUUCGGCUUUUUGAAGCAGAUCUGAAAGAACGACAGAGUGUUUCGUCAGCGCCUUAUUGGCUCAGGGGCAGAGCGUCUGUCUAGUAAACAGAAGGUCGCUGGUUCGAUUCCAGCAUGAGGCAUCCUUUCUUGGCAUUUUUAAAAAUGUGCAAUUUUUAUUUUUAUUGAAAAUUUGAUUUUAACAACAUAUCUCUUCCAGGUCCUUUCUCCACCUUCAAUCACGGAUCCAUUUUUUAUCCGAAACACCAGAGAGUCCCCGACAGUCAGGCGCAUCUUGUGGAUUCCGAUGACGAGGAUAGAAGCACUCGAUCUUCGAGCUCGGCUUCGGGUGUCUCGAGCAAUGACCUUCCAAUGCUUCCAAUCAAAACUGGCUGA